AGAAGAUUCGCCAGCGAACAACGACAUCUGAAGGUCCACUUUAAAUCUGCACGUCAACUACGAGAUUGUUGGAUUUGUUUCCUACGGAAUUUUUUUUUAGACGUACUACAGAGAUGUCGUGUAACGCCAAAGAGAAGCUUCUAUACUGUUUUGUGACAUUUGUUUAUGACCGUAUGUAAAACGUUGAAAGAACUUCUCAUGAACAAAUGGGGUGUUAAAAUAGAUUCAUAACGUUGUCUAGAACUAUCCGCGUGUAAUCUAAAUUAGUCUCGAUGGUGAAAAGAAAACAGAGAAGAGUUUUGCGCUAUAUGAAGCAGGGGAGUCUUAUGAAGUUAAAGUCGUUCCUUCGUAAACACAAGGAACUAGACCUCAAUUUCACCCAGGGGAAAAAGCACAGAAGCCCCUUACACAUUGUCUGUUCACAAGGGGAUGAUGCAAUUCUCAGACUGCUACUGGAACAUGGAGCAAACCCCCUUCAAACCGACCGAAAUGGAGACACACCGCUACAUCUGGCCACAAGGAAAGCCCUCAAACAUGGCAAACGAGCAUAUGAUGACCUGGUGGUGCCGUUACAAAAAAAGUGUCCAGAAGCAAUGAAUAUUUCCAAUAAAGCAGGAGUGACACCUCAUGACCUGUUCCAGUGGAUGAAGCCUGAGCAGGUGAAUUUAAAAAAUGAUACUUCGCAUGUUGAUUCAGAGAAAAAAUGGAGAGAGAAACUGUUGGGUGAAUGUCAGGAUGAGUUUUUUGAGACAUUCGGGCAGUAUGAUGAUGACUUUUUGUGGGAUGAUAAAGAUGACGAAGACUUUGAAGACUGGGCGGAGCGGAUCAGACAGGAGUAUUUUGCCAAGCAACGAGCCAAAGAACAGAGGGAAUCAGCCUCUUCAGGUCAGCAGAGGUGGAAGCGGCGUAAAGAGAUGGAAAAAGAUGAGAGAAGUCAGAGGGAGCUAAGAGCCAGGCUGGAGCAGGAGCAUGAGGAAUACCUACAGCGUGCAGCUCGUAAGGAGGAGGAGAUACGGCAGAGGAGGAGGCGGCGCUAUGAGGAGAACUGUGCCACCACGUUUCACCGCUCCUCAGGCAAAGAACCUGAAGGACUGCUUGGAUACACCGAUAUCCCUUGGCCUGUUCCUUGUGGCUCGCUGGAGGAAAUGGUUGACGUUAUGCUGCAUGGAGCUGAUCGAUCUGAUUUGACUUCUUUUCGGAAAGUGCUCCGUCGUCAGCAGGCCUUCUGGCACCCAGACAAGUUUGUCCAGCGCUGUGGAGGCCGUCUGUUGGAUUCUGAUAGGCAGAGGAUCCUCGACACGGUUACAAGCCUCUCACAGGAGCUCAACAGACUAGCGCAAAACCUCAGAUGAUAUAGACUUCUCUGAUCUGAGCACCUCACUAAAUGGCUUUCAAAUUGGUAUGUGUUUAAAACACUUUUGAACAGUCCAAAAAAAAAAAAAAAAUUUGUCUUGCGCUAAUGAUAUUGUUGUUUCUUUGAAAGAAGAAUACUGAUUGAUAUAUUUUAAAAUUUGUAUAAAUUUAGUGCCAUUAAUGAUUAGUCACUAAUGAUUUUUCACCUAUUUAUUCAUUUCAUUGAAUUAGUCUGAUUAUUUAACGGUUAUCUACUAUUUUCUGAUUAACCCUUUGGUUAACUUACCAAUAAGUAAUAACCAUUAAAUUUGACGCUAUUUCGACAAAUAAAAAUUUUCCCACAUAAAAA